GAGCCGCAGCAGGGUAGCAGCAGUCCCGUGGUUUCUACUUAUUUAAACGACAGUGUGAGCAUGUGGACAUGCACUGGCGUUCGGACUGGGACCACCCACAUUAGGCUCUCGGGAGCCUGCCGCAAAGCAUAGUCGUGCGGCGUUCCAAGGUCGCGACAACACUGAAAGAAAUGAGUGAAAUACUGCCGAGACCGGACCCUGUGUUUUUCGAGGAGUCUCAGCCGCUGUUAACGAAAAAGGAUAGCCAAGCCAGACGAAGACGGCUGCCACGGGUGCCAUCUGUAGACAGAACAAGCCGGCGCUUGGACCUGCCUCGGCAACCUCAGGCAGUCAGCUUUAGCGGUUCAGAAUCCUCUUUCAACAGCCAGCACUAUGAUGAACACUCUCCCACCUCCUACCUGCACCAGUGUUUUCAAGUGGACCAGAAACUGGGGGAAGGCUCUUUCGGAGUGGUGUACAAGGUGCGGUGCUUGGACGAUGGCCAGUGGUAUGCUGUCAAGGUGGCCAAUCGCCAGUUUCGGGGCCAGCGCGAUCGUCGGCUGAAGUUGCAGGAGGUCGCCAAGCAUGAGCUGCUGCCGCCGCACCCGCACUGCGUGCGCUUCAUCAAGGCAUGGGAGGAAGACCACCGGCUGUACAUCCAGACGGAGCUGUGCAAGUGCAGCCUGGCUGCCUAUGCAGAGCAGCACCACAACCUGUCGGAGAAGCUCGUCUGGGAGUUCCUUGUCGACCUGCUGCUGGGUGUGAAGCACCUGCAUGACCACGACCUGGCCCAUCUGGAUAUCAAGCCUGAGAACAUCUUCAUUUCCAGAGAUGGCUACUACAAGCUGGGUGACUUUGGUCUUGUCCUUGACCUCAGGCAGCCGGACUCCUCUGACCCUCUUGAGGGUGACCCAUGCUACCUAGCACCGGAGCUGAUGGAGGGCAAUUUCACCAAGGCAGCAGACAUCUUCAGUCUUGGCAUCACAGCACUCGAGCUGGCUUGCGACCUGGAGCUACCCAGUCGAGGUGACAACUGGCACGCUUUGAGAUCAGGAACUCUGCCGCACUACAUUGCGCAACGUCUCUCUCCUCAGUUGCGUAACGUGAUCCCACGGAUGAUGCACCCAGAGCCAAAGCACCGGAUCACUGCUAACCAGCUGCUGGCCCUGCCUGAAAUCCGCAGGGUGCGCCUUUGGCGAAGGCUCUAUGUGACACGAAGGAGAGCGAUCGCCUGGGUGCAGGACCUGCUGCUAGUGACCUGGUUCUGGGUGCACUCAUUCCUGGAAUCCACCUGGAAGGUUCCAUUUUCCUGCAUCAAGACUUUGUUCACGUCCUUCCAUCCCAGUGUCUCCCGUCAGGUGCAAGUCAUCGACCACUUUUCAGACGACGAUACAUUCGGAGACUCCUCUCUGAAUUGUGCACUUGAAGACCAACAAGACAUCUCUGGGAUACACUUGAGUGGCUUUGAACGUGGCUUGUGGGAUGGCGAGUACUCACCUAAAAGGUUGACACUCGAGCCUCUUCAGCACAAGCAUGACUACCGGUUGCACAGCACACCAACAGGCAGUUCAAGGUUGAACUCUUCCUUCAAGCCAGUGCCUUUCAAUCUGAGUGUGAAUGAUGCAACGGUCAAGAACCUCUUCCCAGUGAGUAAUGGGGUGUUUAUAGCAGGCAGAUGAAGAAAAGGUGUUUUCAAGUGGCGAGGACUCCUUGUAAACUAUGCUGUCCGGUGUCCACCCUUCCUUUUGUUAAAGCUAGUCAACUGAGUAAUGUGUUUUAGUGUUGUACAUAAUGAAAUUGCAGCUGUUAUAUCGGCAGCAUUUACAAAAUGUUUAUGCGCGUUUUUUCUGUAAUUUUACUUGCAUUUUAUAGUUUAUUGUUGCAUUCACUUUGCCACAAGAACACAUUUUGUAUUGUUUGUCUACAUGGCAGUAUUUUAAAACUAGCUGUUGGCAGGAUAUCGAUGUUGUGAGAACUGUGCAGUUUUUUUUUUUUUUCAUGCGCUCGUUGCAUUUUUGUGUGUUUUAUUGCAUUUGAGUGGCAUUCCCUACCAUGUUUAACAAGGCUGUAAGCAUUGCUCAUAUUUUACAUUUGACGUUUACAGCACAGAUUGUUUUAAAGUUAUUGACAACCAUUAUAUAAUCAUAAAUUGAUGUUCAGCAAGCACUCUUGCUCAAGUAAUUUUUAGUGUUGUUUAGUUGUUUUUCUUAAUUGAAUUUCAGCAAUGUCAAUGAUUAAAGCACACUGUCAGUUUUAUUAUUUAAAAUUUUGUCUUAUUCUGUGGGACCACUUUAUCCUUGUAAGUUUAGUUUUGUAUUUGUAUUGAAUUUGUGUAUUAUACCCUGCAUAAUAUAUUGAGCAGCAUGUUGUUGUAGUCAAAGAGCCGGUUGUAGUCAGUCAAAAUCUGUUUUGUUCUUGGACUAUGUUGUAUUAAGAGGUGUCCGUAAUGGCAAGCAGGCAUUUGACAUUGUAUUAUGGAAGUCUGAAAGCUUGUUUCACAAGUCAUUUUAGAGUGGAAGUGACAUUGCGUUGCUCAGUGUCUAGUUGUGUAACACACAUUUAGUACAUUGUGUACAUAUUGCAUUGAUUUGGGAACCAGUCUUAAUAAACUGAUUUUAAAUAUUUUAUUUCUGUUCAUUA